AUGAUCAUCACCUAUUUCGUGGCCAUCAUGACAUACGACGUAAAGAGAAUAAAAUCAGGUCGUCGAGACUGCUUACCAUUCUGCCGAGCACCUCAGCCAAAGGAGGGCGCACCAGCCUGGGACGAGCCUAGCCCACAGUUAUCGAAUCGCGCUAUGGGGACCUGGGGCAGGUUUCUUACAUAUCCUGUGACAAAGGUGGUCGUUAUCGUUUUAUCUCUGGGUUUGCUUGGGGCUGGAAUAUAUGGAGUCUUACAAGUAGACGAGAAAUUCGACAGAAGGAUCCUAGCGAAAGAUGAUUCGUACUUGAAACGAUUUCUGACCGCAGAAGCAGAGCACUUUGAACUUUCUAUUGAAGUCAGCAUUGUGAUAACUGGAAACGUAGGUUAUGAGAAACCCUCUACACAGGAAGCUAUCAGAAACCUAACAAACAUUGUGAACAACAAUGAACAUUACCUAGCCAGAUCUUUGUCAUGGAUGGACCAUUUCGCAAAGUUUGCUAGAAUGGCUAACAUCAGCGCUAUCGGUCCAGCAUUUUUGCCUGGUUUGAAAUACUUUCUCAAUCAAACAGAGUUUUUAUUCUUCGCUCAGGAUCUGAAGUUUUCUACUGAUGGCUCCGCGCUAGAAGCUACGCGCAUUAUCGGUUUCAUGAAAAGCAACGGCGAGUCUACAUUCCAAAAAAAUGCUAUGCAAUCACUUCGCAGAGAUCUUGAUACGAAGUCCAACCUCAAGGCCUUCCCCAUUACACGUGCAUUUAUUUUCUUUGAACAGUAUGUUAUCACAACACGUGAAACUAUACGGAACCUCAUAAUCGCUGCCAUUACAGUCUUUGUUGUCACCAGUCCCUUUUUGGUUGACUGCACAGUGGCAAUCCUCGUGUUGUUCAACUUUGCCGCCCUGAUAUGCGAACUGUUUGGCUUAAUGGUUAUUUGGGGUGUGUCACUCAACGCUGUGUCCAUGAUAAAUCUUGUUAUGGCUAUUGGUUUUGCAGUUGAUUACAGCGCACACAUUGCGCAUGCGUACGUUUUUUCCAACAAGUUAUCAGCAAAUGACCGAGUGGUAGAUGCUCUGAGUACUCUGGGUGCAAGUGUACUCAUGGGAGGUAGGUCAACUUCAUUCAAUGUAUAG